AUGCGAAAUAGAAAGGUCGUUGAUUACUCACAGUUUCAGGAAUCAGAUGAUGCAGAUGAAGAUUAUGGAAGAGAUUCAGGCCCUCCUGCUAAGAAAAUUCGGUCAUCUCCUCGUGAAGCUAAAAAUAAAAGGCGAUCUGGAAAGAAUUCACAAGAAGACAGUGAAGACUCAGAAGAAAAAGAUGUGAAGACCAAGAAGGAUGAUUCUCACUCAGCAGAUGACAGUGAAGAUGAAAAAGAUGAUCAUAAAAAUGUACGCCAGCAACGACAGGCAGCAUCUAAAGCAGCUUCUAAACAGCGAGAGAUGCUCUUGGAAGAUGUUGGCAGUGAGGAAGAGCCAGAAGAUGACGAUGAAACACCUUUCCAGGAGAAAGAUUCUGGCAGCGAUGAAGAUUUCCUAAUGGAAGACGAUGACGAUAGUGAUUAUGGCAGUUCUAAAAAGAAAAACAAAAAGAUGGUUAAGAAGUCCAAACCUGAGAGAAAAGAAAAGAAAAUGCCGAAACCUAGACUAAAGGCUACAGUGACGCCAAGUCCAGUGAAAGGCAAAGGAAAAGUGGGUCGCCCCACAGCUUCAAAGGCAUCAAAGGAUAAAACUCCUUCUCCCAAAGAAGAGGAUGAGGAAGCAGAAAGCCCUCCAGAAAAGAAGACUUCUGCAAGCCCCGCACUUGAGAAGUCUGGAGAUGAAGGGUCUGAAGAUGAAGCCCCAUCUGGGGAAGAUUAAAAGUGAUGUUUGGGGAGAGAUUUUAUUCAAAAAACAAAAAAGGAAACCUACGUAGGACACGAUUUGGGCUGUGGCUUGACUCAUGGGCUUUCAGUGCUAUUUCAUUUGUCUAAAAUAUUGUUUCUUUCUAUAUCUAUCUCUAUAUUUAUCUCACUCUCAAAACCAUUGUAUGUUGAAAUGUUUAAGUUGCCAUUUUGUCUAAUGGUCUUUUUUCUUUGCCAAUCCCUUCCUCCCCUUCUCCCAAUGAAAGCCAUGUCAAUUAAUCACUGAGUUGACUGCUUCAUCCUUGUAUUUUUAAUGGAGGUUAAGAAUCCCACGGCUGUAAAGCAAUAAGAUUUGAGAUGGACACUAUGGAAACUUUGCUUUUUGCUAAAGAAUAGCAACUUGAACAGUAAUCAAAACUAGAAAGGUUUUAGUUGAAAAUUAUUGUUCUUUCUUUUCCUGUACCUUUGACUGACCAUUUAUCAUUUAACAUGAGCUUAUAUGUCUAAACUGUACGUGUCAAAGAAUCAUGACUCUAAACUUAACUGAUGAGGCAGUUGGGAGGUGAACAUGAAUUCUGGGCUGUUAACUCAGACUACUCACAUUAUCUCCUGGGUGUGGAGGGAAUAGACUUCCUGGAGCUUUUCUGGAAAUGUGGGCUUUCUUAUUUUGUACUGUGUUAUUCUCAAAGAGACUCAAGAGCCAGUGGUUCUUUUGUCUCAAUAACAGUCCUUUUUAAAAAUGGGCCACCAGAAGCCAAAAUCAUUUUUAAUUUCAUAUUUCAUUCAUGUUUUCAUUGAUUCAUGUUUUUUUUAAAUAUAUACAUAUCCUGUUUUUUGGAUAGAGUUUUACCAAUGAUCAGAAAAUUAAACAGAGAUUCCCUAGAAUUUGGAUGACAAGAUGAGUGUACACCUCACGGAGCAUUUCUUCACAGGCUGAUGAUGUUAGAGUUUUAAGCAAAUAAAGUUUUGAGUUAAUGUGAAGCUCAGAUACAAAGGAUUGAGAUUCAUCCUUUAUAAAUACAGGUAAUUGAAGAUCUUUUAUGUUAUAAAUGUGUUUUCAAGGGCCCAUGAACCUUGUUAGUUUUGUUUGGGGAUAGAAUUGAUUUCCUUUUGAUAUUUAAAUCUUUUCUUUGUAGUAGCAUACUAUGAUACACGUCUCACAACUUUGUCCUGCUACUUCAGAAUCUCGCAGUUCAACCGUGGAAUACUGUUUUCAUUACUAACAGCAUGGGAGUGUGUGUUAAAUGCUGCUUCCAUCCUGUGGAAUUGUUUUACUACUUAGUUGUUCUGACCCCUCCUUACUGUUUGUGUUUCUCAAAGCAAGAGCCUGAGCCUCAACAGGAUGAGUGAACUGUAUUUUAGGGUGCCUAUGUGCCACUGAUAACAGUCUAGACACUUUAACAGAGCAUCAGGACAUAGAUCUAUAGGUUUGAUCCUCCACAGUCAGAUCCCAUGCACCAAUAGAAGCAAAACUUAGGGAUCCUAUUACGCUACUAAAUUAAAGAUUUAGUGGAAUUAAUUUCUGUAUAUUUUUCUGCACUUAAGCUAAAUUUGCUCCUUCAGUAUUCUGCUUUUGUGUUUUUUAAGUGACAUGUUUGUCUCAGACAAUGUCAUUUUCUUAUAGGCGUUCUUAGGACAAAGGGUUAUUUAAGAAAUAUUUUUACUCGGGUUUUUAAGACACUUUAAAGAACAUUCUUAGAUCUGCUUUAAAAUAAAUAAAAUAAAUAAAUAAAAUACCCAGUGGCAGAGAGUCAUUUCAACCCUGCACUGUUAAUAAAUGAGUAUUAAAUAUGGCCAAAAAUAGAGACUUGAACAUAAACAGUUGCUUUAUUGUAUUGUGUAAUGGAAUAGUUGUGAGCUGUGUAAUGAGAUAUUACAGAUCUGUUUGCUUUAGUGGGCUUGCUCAGGUGUACCCAUCCUUCAAAGAGGAGACUCACCAUCGUUUCCACCAGGCAUCUCUCCCUUUUAGGGGCUUACAACUCAGUCUUACAUUCCUAGUGACAUUUGGGCUUUUCUUAGGUUACGUUUCAUGGAAAUUUUAAAAUCUCUUUAGUAUAUUAAUCUGCACUAACAUCUUUGAUUUUUAUCUACCUAUAAUUGAGAAACAAUACUGUCUUGUAGAUUACUUGUGUCUGUUUGGGCUUCUUGUUUAGCUAAUUAAUUAGACUGAAAAAUAUGUUUUCUAAUCACAGGCUUAUUAGAUUGAUUGGUGUCUCAAGUGAGCACACAGGCGCUGAAUGACCUUUGCUUUCACUUUUUUUUAGUUGUUUGUAACACUGGUCUUCCUUGAAAUCAUGCAUGCAAAUAGGAAGACAUUUAAUGUGACUCAACUGGAAACAGGUGCUUAGCAGUUAGGUCUAAUAAAGACAUCAGGAUAGGUCACAGCUAUAAGCCCUUAAUGACUGGCCCUUUGCACCUCUGUGGCUUACUGUCUUUUUUUUUCCUCUCUCUUUCUCUCCCCUGUGUGCCUAUAGUAAGGUGGCAAUGUAUUCACUGUCUUGCUUCGCAGUGCUCAGGAAAUGGGGAUGUUCAUUUGAAGGUGCUUGUCUGUUACCUAACCUCUUCUAGGUUUACCUCCAACAGAUUACAGCAGCUCUGCUGACUAACACUACAGUCUAGUUCUCUUGAGGCUCUUUUUGAAGCCUUUCUCUUUCCCAGCCAGAAAUGGUAGCCUCUGUCUCACCCAGUGGUACUUACUGCUGCUUUUAACCCUCCACUUCAAAUAGAUUUGGAGAGGGGACCCAAAGGAUAUAUUUUAAAUACCUCCCACUCAGAAUUAACCUUAAAAACUAAUGGUAGGAUAUUUCUUCUAGAGUGGUAAGAGACUCCUCUACAAAUGCCUUUUCUUUAGAAAACAAAACAAAACACAGCAUUUUGUGUACCCCAGGCUGCCUCAUUUAAACUCCUAUUUGUUUGUUUUUUCAGAACAAGUUUUAUUUCAGUCUUCUAUUUGGUACUAUUUCAAAUAUCAUUUUCUUCCAGAUAACAAGUCAGUAAUGGAUUUUGAGGUUAUAAUCUAGUAAGAUUUUUAAUAGAUACAGUCAGCUAAACUUGACUUUUUCUUUUAAAUAUGGUUUUACUAUGUAGCCUGGCUGGGAGACCUCCUACCCCUUCCACUCUUAACACUGCUGGGAAUAAUGCCACCAUGACAGGUGACACUUUUUUAAGAUAGGUUUUUAUUUUUAUGAACAUGCAGGUGACAAGUGAACUUUUGGCCUACAGGUUGAGAGAGGAGAAUUGUGUAAACAAACUCAGGUUUAGGGCUGCUGCAAGAGCAGAAUUUAGAAGCAACAGAAAGUAUUGUUGGUGUUGUAGAGUGAGUGCCUGUUAGAACAGUUCUCUUUACCUUCUUUACCUGUAGCAUCGGAAGCUACACUAAAAAAGUUCCCGCCUGUGAA